AGCGGGGCCAGGUGGGGGCGGGAGGGGAGGAGGUAACCCCGGGGACGCGCGGGGCUCCGGUUUCCCAGUUCCGGCUGCUCCGAGGGCGCGCUGGAGAGAGGGGCGAGGCUGGGGCGCCCGGAGGAGGCUCCGAGCAGGCACCGGUGUUUUCGCGGCUGAGGACAGUUCUAAGCGCUUCGUGUGGUCCUGGGACCUUUCUGGCCAAGAGGGCGCUGGUUUUGGUGGGGAAGGGACAAGGCCAGAACCGCCCGGGCGCAGUGAGUCCUCGGGAGGGUGCCCCCAGCAGGACAGGAGCAGUGACGGGGAGUCCCGAGACCUCCACGGAGCAAACCUUCCGGGGCCCGUGGAAAGGCGCUAAGGUCACCAACGCAAAGGCGGGGCGUCGGCAGUGAGCCCGGAGAAGCUGCUGGGAAGCCUGGAUGAGCAUCAGAUCCAUGCUGCUGCUGACUCGGGGCCCCAUGGCUUGGCACAGGCUCUCUCGGCUCAAGCCCCCAGCCCUCCCUGGGACCCUGGGAGGCCAGGCCCUGCAUUUGAGGUCCUGGCUUUUGUCAAGGCAGGGCCCGGCAGAGACAGGUGGGCAGGGCCAGCGCCAGGGCCCUAGGCUUCAAACCAGGCUGCUGAUCACAGCCGUGUUCGGAGCUGGACUGGGUGGGGUCUGGCUGGCCCUGAGGACUGAGAAGGAGAGGCUGCGGCAGCAACAGCGAAUGGAAGCCCUGCGCCAGGCAGCUGUGGGCCAGGGCGACUUCUGCCUGCUGGACCAUAAAGGCCAGGCUCGCUGCAAGGCUGACUUCCGGGGCCAGUGGGUGCUAAUGUACUUUGGCUUCACUCACUGCCCUGACAUCUGCCCGGAUGAGCUGGAGAAGCUGGUGCAGGUGGUGCAGCUGCUGGAAGCAGAGCCUGCUUUGCCUGCAGUGCAGCCUGUCUUCAUCACUGUGGACCCCGAGCGGGACGAUGUCAAAGCCAUGGCCCGCUAUGUCCAGGACUUCCACCCAAGGCUGCUGGGUCUGACAGGCUCCACCGAGCAGGUUGCCCAGGCUAGUCACAGUUACCGCGUGUAUUACAGCGCUGGCCCCAAGGACGAGGACCAGGACUACAUUGUGGACCACUCCAUUGCCAUCUACCUGCUCAACCCUGACGGACUCUUCACCGAUUACUAUGGCCGGAGCAGGUCGGCUGAGCAGAUUGCAGACAGCGUGCGGCGGCACAUGGCAGCUUUCCGCAGCAUCCUGCCUUGAGCCACUGUGGCCUGGGCCCCAUCAUUAAACGGGGUACCUUUAA